GCUCCUGGCGGGAGGGCGCGCUCGAUGGGCGCCCUUUGGCUGCGGGACGAGAGGAGGAUGCUGGGAAGGAGGUAAAAUGGCCACCGGUGGCGGAACGGAGGAGGAGAAGAUGCGGGGACGGCCGCAGCUCUUGCCUCCAGCGCGGCCCGGGGCUCCGGGCGAGGAGGCCGAGGGCACCCGCGAGAAGAUGGGCUGGGCCCAGGUGGUGAAGAAUCUGGCCGAAAAGAAGGGCGAGUUCCGCGACCCGCGGCCACCACGGCGGGAGGAAGAAAGCAGCAGCGUGAACGCGGGAAGCAGGCUCAGCGCCCCCGCAGGCCUGGCGGCGCCGGGCCUCGGCGACUUCCCGCCAGCCGGCCGCGGGGACCCGAAGGGCCGACGGAGAGAGCCAGCUGGCGAGGCGGCGGACUCCCGCAAGAAGAAGGGCGCCGCUGAGCCAAGCAGGAAGAAAAAGGCCGAGGCGGCGGCCAUCGCGACUCCUGCCCGGGCCGGCGAGGCCGACGAUGCGGGCGAGCAACCGCUCCCGGACGAGCAGGGGGCGGCAACGGUGGCCCCCACUGCCGGCCCGGGUAAGGGGCGCUUCCUCGUGCGCAUCUGCUUCCAGGGCGACGAGGGCGCCUGCCCGACCCGGGACUUCGUGGUGGGAGCGCUCAUCCUGGGCUCCAUCGGCAUGGACCCGAGCGACAUCUACGCAGUCAUCCAGAUCCCCGGCAGCCGUGAGUUUGACGUGAGCUUCCGCUCAGCGGAGAAGCUGGCUCUAUUCCUCCGCGUCUACGAGGAGAAGCGCGAGCAGGAAGACUGCUGGGAGAACUUUGUAGUGCUGGGGCGGAGCAAGUCCAGCUUGAAGACGCUCUUCAUCCUCUUCCGGAACGAAACAGUGGACGUGGAGGACAUCGUCACCUGGCUCAAGCGCCACUGCGACGUGCUGGCCGUGCCCGUGAAAGUGACCGAUAGGUUUGGGAUCUGGACGGGGGAAUACAAGUGCGAGAUCGAGCUGCGCCAGGGGGAGGGUGGGGUCAGGCACCUGCCGGGGGCCUUCUUUCUGGGGGCCGAGAGAGGCUACAGCUGGUACAAGGGGCAGCCCAAGACAUGCUUUAAAUGUGGUUCCCGGACCCACAUGAGCGGCAGCUGCACGCAGGACAGGUGUUUCAGGUGCGGAGAAGAGGGGCACCUGAGCCCUUACUGCCGAAAGGGCAUCGUGUGCAACCUCUGUGGCAAGCGAGGGCAUGCCUUUGCUCAGUGUCCCAAAGCAGUUCACAAUUCCAUGGCAGCUCAGCUCUCUGGCGUGGCCGGGCACUGAACCCCCUGCCUGCCUGCCUUCCUGCCUGCCUGCCUGCCUGCCUGCCAGGGUGAACACACAGCCAGCUUACCCCUCUUAAGUGCCAAAACUUUUUUUAAAGUAUUUUUUAUUGUUUUUGAAGGAGAUCUUUUAAAAAACCUACCAGAGAUGUCUCUAUGCCUUCUUGAACCGAGUUUACUCCAUUUCAGCUUGUUCUGAAUUGGUGAUUCUCACCAGUAAUGACUACCCAGAACUGUAUCAUGCAGAUGCUACUCCUCCCUUUAUAAAAUUUUAUUUUGA